GUAACUGCAGCAGCAGCAGCAGCAGCAGUAGCUCGCCGCGCAGAGGAGAGGACGCAUCGGCGGAAUUUCUGUGGACUCAGACUGUGUGUGUGUUGUCAAGUGGAGGACAAUCAGAGAGUCUACAACUGCUUGCUGCUGGGCCUGAAGGUUUCUCUCACUCAGAUUUUGGGUGUUAGACAAAUUGCAACCGAGGUCGUGCUUGGACUGAGGUCUGUGUGUCAAACAUGGGAGACCAGAGAUCAGUCCAGCCCCUCCUGCUCCUGCUGCUGCUCCUGAUGCUCCUCGCCAGGAUGUCACAGCUGUGGGCCUUCCCCUUCAGCCCGUCCCUGGAUCUGGAUGUCACCCCCAGGACUACUGUCUUCUCCAAAGGUCUGCUGGGCGGCGCCCGUUUCGCCGGCUCGUCCCGGAACUACAGCACCCUGCUGCUGGAGGAGGAGUCCGGGCUGCUGUACGUGGGAGCCAGAGGAGCUCUGUACGCCCUCAACACCUCCAACAUCUCCACACCUGCCAACCUGACAAUUGAUUGGGAUGCUUCCCCUGAGCAGAAGAAGCAGUGUCUAAACAAAGGCAGAGACAAUCAGACAGAGUGUUAUAAUCACAUCCGCUUCCUGCAGCGGUACAACGAGACUCACCUGUACGUCUGUGGAACGAACGCCUUCAGACCUCUUUGUGCUUACAUAGAUGCCGAGCGGUUCAGCUUCUCCUCGGGCUUCGAGGAGGGCAGGGACAGGUGUCCUUAUGACCCAGCGAAGGGGUACACUGGUCUCCUCGUUGACGGCGAGAUGUUCACGGCCUCUCAGUACGAGUUUCGCAGCUCUCCAGAUGUGCGUAGAAACUUCCCCUUUCCCACGCUCAGAACGGAGGAGGCCCCCACCCGGUGGCUUCUGGAGGCAGAUUUUGUGGGCUCCGUGCUGCUGAAGGAGAGCAUCAACAGCUCCAUCGGUGACGAUGACAAGAUUUACUUCUUCUUCACGGAGAGAAGCCAGGAGCAGAUUGCCUACCCGAGUCAGACCAAGGUGUCCAGGGUGGCCCGGGUCUGCAAGAAUGACUGGGGUGGCCAGAGGACCCUGCAGAGGAAGUGGACCUCCUUCCUCAAGGCCAGAAUGGUGUGUUCAGUCCCAGAAUACGAGCUGCACCUCAACAUCCUGCGCAGUGUGUUUGUCCUGCAGGGUCGAGACGCUCAAAGCAGCGUUUUUUAUGGCAUAUUUGGCCUGGAAUGGAAGAAUAUCAAAGCAACUGCUAUCUGCCAGUACGCCUUCUCAGAUGUUCACAAGGCAUUUGAGGGACCGUACAUGGAGGUGCAGGACUCAAAGUGGAGGGAGUUCACCGGCAAAGUUCCAGAACCAAGACCUGGAGCCUGUAUAACAGAUCUGCACAGGUCCCAAGGCAUCAACUCGACUCGAGACCUCCCGGACAACGUCCUCACCUUCGCCAGGAGGCACCCGCUGAUGGCCAGCCAGGUGCACCCAAUAGGGGCACGCCCGCUCAUGUUCAAGAGGAGCGUCAACUACGUGAAGAUAGCCGUGCACAAGGAGCCGGCGCUGGAUGGGAACAUUUAUACUGUUCUGUUUCUGGGAACUGAUGACGGGUGGCUGCACCGAACUGUAGACAUCGAUGGAGAAAUGCACAUCAUAGAGGAGCUGCAGCUGUUUGACAAACCGCAGCCCAUAGAGAGCAUGGUCAUAUCCUCUGCUCUGCGGAGUAUCUACGUCGGCUCCGGCUCCGGACUGGUGCAGGUGCCGAUGUCGGUCUGUCGGAGGUACACUUCCUGUUAUGACUGCGUGUUUGCCAGAGAUCCGUUCUGUGGCUGGGACGGGAGGGAGUGUGUGGAAAUAUCUUCACGUGCUCAGAGGUCAAACCUAACCCAGGAUAUCUUGAGAGGGAUCAGGGGCUGUAAGGAGAACUCAGGAAAUGUGGUCCUUCGGAGGCGUUCUGUGAUGGCGGGUGAUGAUGUGCUACUCCAGUGCGAACUGCGCUCCAACCUGGCAACUCCACGCUGGACGCUCAACGGCAAAGAACUCCAGGGAUACGGCCUCAAUUCGGGCUACCGCAUCGGCACAGAUGGCCUCCUCAUAAUCGGAGCUCGUGCUCAGCAGAGCGGGUCUUAUCGCUGCUUUGCUGUCGAGAACUCCGUCUCAGUCCUGGUGUAUCUUUACAUGGUCAGGGUGCACACAGACUCGUACUUCCCCGUGGAGCCCACAGCUACAACUAACCCUACGACAGUUUCAAGCCCGACCAUUUUCUCCAGCAGCAGCCCCACUGAGCAGCCCCUGCCCUCACCUCCUGCCCCGCUGCCUCCAGCGCCCGAGUUCCAGACCUACAGACACAUGGAGGCUGUGUACAUUUCCCUGGUGGCGGUUCUUGGAGGGCUUUGCCUGGUGUUGACUGUGGUGCUGCUUUAUGUGAGCUUCUGCACCAGGCGGGCCCCGCAGAACAGAAAGUUUUCCCAGCAGGGGCUGCACGUCCUCGGGGCCUCUGAGAGAAAGAGGAGCUCCCAUCUUGAACUUAAAACAAUCUCCAGCCACUGCAACGGCCGCCAGGAUCGUCGGUCCAUCUCGGUGCCAACUUUCGGGGACUUGGGUGACGGCUUCCUCCAGAUAGUUCCAGGUGAGGGGCAGCUGUCUCCAACCAAAACACCUCCCCCAGCCCCACCUCUUCCAAUGCCACCUCCUCUGCCCAACAUGGACUACGCCAACGGGCUGUCAGCCACCCUGCCGAGCGUGCUGAGGAAGAUGAACGGGAACAGCUACGUGCUGCUGAGGCAGGCCGACUCCGAGGGCAUGUCGCCGCUCUACCACUCCUUCACGGAGGAGCUCAACAGGAUCCUGGAGAAGAGGAAACACACACAGCUGGACUUGGAACCUGAUGAGAGCUCCAUCUAGGAAGGACUUCUCAGUCUUUGUCCCACAGUUAUUUAUUUUUACCCCAAUGGUGACCCGUAGAUGUGGGGAAACUGACUGUUGUAUCAAAUGCUGCUGUUAUUUACCCAGUGUCAGAGUACCUGCAGGCCGUGUCCUAACCUGAUCUGAAAUGUGCAGCCUCCUGUGUCUGCCCUGACAAAUAGCCCAUUAUUUCACCUCAACAAUGGACCACACUAACCUGAGACUGCUAUUCAAAAAGUGGAGCUGUGAAAAAAAAUUGCCCCAUACACUGCACUAUUACAAAUGACAAUGAGUAGGGAGCACAAUGAUGCUACCUCAGUGUCGGCUCUCUAGGGAAAGAUGGUGGUCAGACGACACAAAAAGGCGAAAUGAGUAAAUAAAUUUUUUAAAAUCUGACAAGGAGGCGAUUUUCUGAGACUGUAGAAGUGUUCAUGAGGUUUUUAAUGCCAUGUCAUAUUAGCCUCCUGUGGAGCUUAAAGUAAUACUCCACCCAAAAUCCGAGCUGAACCCCCUCAACUCUCUUUCUACAAAUGCACUCAUCUACCAAACUAAAGGACUAUUUAUCAGUUUAAACAAGUUCCAAGGAUAUGCAAGUAUCCAGCAAGCAUGGGAAGAAGACUGAGCUGCAAGACUGGUUCAGCAAAUGUCAUUUUUAACAAUGAAAACUUUGUCCAGAUCGAGGCUGCAACUAAUGGUUGUUCUCAUGAUUAAUCUUUGGCACUUUUGCUUCAUAAAUGAUGAUUAAUCAACUAACUGUCAUGAAUUCAUUCUGACUGCAAGCCUCUGUUCUCCAUGAAGCAGAAAUACAGUCGUUUUACAGCCACCCUUCAAGCCCACAGGAGUUGUCUGCUUGAAACUAUAGACCUUGUGUUGAGAAUCAUUUUAAGGGUUCUGUUACAGUGUAAGACAAAUCAUACAUUUGAGUUUAUUUAAACCACUCUCCAUUUUCCUCUGUUCUCAUGUUGCAGCCGUUGGUAGCAAUUUGUUGUGUCGUUGCUGGUGGAAACACUUGUGGCAAACUGUGAAACAAUUUGGAUUUCUUUUCUUGGUGUCUUUCUGUUUUUAGCAUCUGUGUGAGAAAAGACAUGCAGCUGUAGGACAGUAGCUUAUUAAAGAGCAGUGCCAGUGCCAGCUAUGUCAAAGAGGGAUUAAAACACCAGAUUAUUUCAAAAUGAUGUUACAAAGAGGCAAAAUGCUCUUCAUCAGGUUUGUGUUUGUCCUCCGCUGUGAAAGAGUCGCUGGUGGCGAGUCGCCAAAUCGCACUGGAGAAGACCUUCACAUGUGCAACCCACAAAGGUGUCCUCUGUGUUUACCUGACAUCAGAGCAAUGCCAAAACAACAAGAGCUGCACAGCCCACAGUAUUUCCUUGGCAGGGUGAACAGUGCUAUGAUUAAAUAGCACAUGUAUAACUUAGAGGGAAGUGACUGAAAUGAAUCUCUGAGUGGUUUGUAAACGUGUCACGGCCGGUGGAAAAUAAAGAUCUGUCUUUAUUGCAAAGUGUUGAAUCAGCUUUGUAGCAGUGACUCAGUGGCAGCCCUCUGUGGCGACUCGACUGUGCAUUUGUCAGAGUCGCUGACAGUAACAGCAGCACUUGGCUCCCCUCCGCAGAGAGAGGAGGGGGGCUUCUUGUCCGUUUGCAUAGGGCGCUGUCGUCUCUGCAGGUAGAAGCAGACAGGAAACAUUUGACCUGAGUGUCCUGGUUAGCCAUGCAGGGAACAGAUGAUGAUGCGACAAGGCAGGAGCUGUUUUGCACUUGCAGGUCUUCUUGUCUGCCUUGUAAAACACUUUAUUCUGAACUUGUUUUGGUUGAGAGUAUAGUCCAGACGAUGCACUUUAUGGAGACUGAUAAAUGCCCAAAUCUGGAUGGAAGAAAUUCAGUCUGACUUAAGGCCUCAGUAUGAUUCAAAUAAAGCAUUUAUGUGCUUGCUUGCUUGCUUAUGAGGUUCUUUUUUAAAUCUUUGCACAGCAAAUUUAGUCACAUUUUGUAUGUACAUCUGAGCGUAACGCCAUGAGUAUUGUUGAGGAGAGAUGGCCCAAAACUGUGUCCACAGUCACAGGGAAUGUUGGCAGGCAUUUUGGCCAUCAGGAACAGGUUUAACACCUUUAGACAGAUGAUUAUAAGCAUACUGAAAAUUUAAAAACUGUGCAGUCCUACAUUAUUUCAAAACAUCAGACAGAUUUUAUUAUAAAUAGAUUUUUUUUGAUGGAAGAAAUCUUUUUAAUGUAUGUUAUCAAUCAUUUCAUUAGAUGCCAUAAAAACAGUAGAUUGGGUUGAGUGGGCUUACUCAGAGUUCGGACCAGGAAAAUAUUUUUAGAACUUGGCUAGAGCUGUUGUGUUUCUUGUGUGGCUCCAAUAAAAAUAUUUCUAAAUAUUUUCCUAUUGACUGUGGCACAAGCCAGGGACUUUUGCUGUCCUUAUGAAUGAAUCCAAACAUGGAUAUUAUUUGGGGGGGAGCUGGACAGAAAAUCUCACUGUAUGCAGAUGACCUGCUCUUAUACAUUUCACAUCCUAUCGGACCAAUAUCGCAUGUACUUGACAUACUUUCACAUUUGUGGGGAAUAUCCGACUAUAAAUUAUCUGUCGGUUAGUGCUGAAAAAGUGUUUAAUUUUGCCUGGCCACUGGACCUGAAAUGUGUGUCCUGGACAGCCAUGCAGAGAACAGAUGACAAAACAAUUGGACGUGUUGGCAGAAGCUGUGUAUGUAUCGCAUGUGUUCCAGCUUUCCUUCUCGUCAGCCUUUUUCGUCCUCUCGCUUGUUUUCAUCCUCAUCUUCAUUCCUCCCCUCUCUCGCUCCCUGCUGCCUACUUUGUUUUCCCGUCUCAUCACCUCUGCAUGACAGUAUCAUCUAUUACUCUCUCUGCUCACACUCACACUCUCUCAAGGACCCUGCUGAGUUUACAAACAGCCAUGAUGGUCCCCCUCUAACCAAUUAGAAGCAGUUUUCAAAGGGUCCUGGAGUUUGUGUUUGUGAAAGCAUCAGAAAACAACUGAAUUUUCUACAUUAGCUUAUAAACACAAUAUAUUUCUAGCUGAUGUUAUGAUUUGUGGCAGCUUAGAUAUGAAUCUAUGUCCCUAAAUUAUAAUGUAGAAAAAGUGCUCAGAAAGAUUUAAAGAUAUUGUUUUCUGAUCUGUGCUGACAAAUCAUGUGCAAAUCAUGUGAACAUUUCAUUUUAUUUAACUCAUAAUUGAGAGGAAAUGUUUGAAAUGUUUGUAUCAAGUUCAGCAUGUCACUGUAUGUAUGUAUUAUAUGGAAGCUUCCAGAAUCAAGUUCUGUCACCAUCCUGAACAAGUUAAAAGCUUCAUCUGAAUCUGAA